AUGAAGGAAGAAGCAAAUGAAGCGUUUAAAGAGGGGCAGUUCGAAGCAGCAAUCAGCGGAUACACCCGGGCAAUAAAGGAAGCAGAAAUACGCCUUAAACCAGCAAACAUUGCUGCUGCUGCAUCAGCAGCAGGCGAAACCGCAGCAGCAACAACAGCAUCAACAGUAGCAGCGGGAGAAGAGUUGAUUGGCCAGCUAUACGGGAACCGCGCAGCUGCUUUGUUUCAGCUGAAGAGGUACAGCAGCUGCGUCGACGACUGCACUGCUGCUCUCCAGCGAAUUCCUCUCAACCCCAAAACGCUUCACCGCAGGGGGUUGGCUUGGGCUGCCCUCAAGGAAACAGAAACAGCAAUCGGUGACCUCAGUCAGGCAUUGCAACUCCUGAAACAGCAACAGCAGCAAGAACAGCAGCAGCAACACCAACAAGAGCACCAGAAACACGAGCAGCAACAGCAGCGAGGGGAAGAAACCAGCGAACAACCCCAUCAUGAACAAAAGCAGCAGGAACUGGCGCAGCAGCAGCAGCAGCAGCAGCAGCAGCAGCAGGAGUUAGCUGAUGGUGUUUCCGGUUCUAGUUUGCCUCCUGCGGGUUCUCGUUUGUCGUUGAUUCGGCGAAUUGAGUUGGAGAUGCAGCGGCUGCAGGAGAAAGCAGCAGAACAAAAACGCGAGGAGCAGCAAAAGAGAAAGGCGAUGCUGCUGCUGCCCCUGACCACAGACUGCGGCCGCUUCCCUGCUGAGCACCUCAGGCCACUCACCGUCGUUGCUGCUGCGGCGCCGCGAGAAGCAAGUGUAGAAGCAGCAGGAGCAGCGGCAGCAAGUGCAGCAGCAGCAAGAGCAGCAGCGGACAGAAGAGGUGCAGAAGACCCUCCACACCCUGGAGAAAGUCGAGCUGCAGCAGCUGCAGCAACUCUGCUCUUUGAUCAGCAGGCACAGCACCAGCAGUGUCUCCAGCAGCAGCAGCAGCAGCAGGAGCAACUGCAGCAGCUGCAGACGCAGCAGGAGCGGCAACAGCAACACCAGCAGCAGCAACAGCAACAGCUGUGUGUGAUCGGGGGGCCAUCUGGCCCCCUGUCCUUCGGUGUGUGUACUCGUUGA